AAUGAAAACCCAAAACUGUGGUCGCAGUGUUGAUCGUCGUGUGUCGAGAAGAACGUCGAAAAUUAUGGCCGAGCGAAAAAUGGCCGUGAUUCAAGUGUUCCUUCUGAUUGCCGCCUCGUCGAGAGCGUACGCGCUUCAGGAGUCAACCUCAACCGAUUCGACGCCGGACGGUAACAAUUGCUCGACCACCGACAGCUUCCUCAUUCCUCGUCCGCCAAACGAGUCACGGAAAAACGAAAUGGACACGAUGGCGGCGGACGUGCUCGCAGACACGGGAAACAAGUUGAACGUGUCGCGUCCGCGAACAUUGACCUUGCCGAAGGACUGGGACGAGAAGCCGAAGCUCAAGUUUCCGAAAUUCGCCACCGAGGAGCGUUACAAGAUGGCGAGUUUGCAUCUCGAUAGGGGAUGGUUUACCUUCGAUUUUCUCCGAGGUUUCCUGUCCUUCGUGCAACCGUACGACUUGCCCGUCGAUCUGCUAACGGACAUCGUGGAACGUCGGAUAAGCAUUGCUAAAUUGGUCUCAGAAUCCGUGCACGUGGAAGCAGCUUUUCUGGGCUUAGUAGGCGUGUGCUGCGUACUGGCCUGCAUAAUACCUGGCACGGAACUUUGGCUCGCCUGUCGUCCAAUCAGAGAGGAUUACAAACCCUCCCGACGUCCGGGUGUUCUAGCAUUUCUCCUCUACGUUCUCGCCUUUAUACUCGGGUCUUGCAUGGCGACGAUGAUAAUAUGCAACGAGGCGGUGACAAUGGGAAUCGGAAAGAUCCCCGUGACGUUGGAGACGGCGCUCAAGGAUUUGAGAGAAUAUCACGCGGACACGACGUCGCAGCUGCGAAAGUAUCUCACUAGGAGCUUGGACGUGGCCAGCGAGGCGAUUCUCGCGGAUCUGGACAAUGUCGAGGAAUUAUUGGGCAAGCCCGUGCAGACCGAACUCUCCGUCGAGACUGGACUUGACGUGGCGUUGGACGCACUCGUCGAUCUGGCGAAUGCAACGCAGGAGUUAUCCGCCAGGGCCGAAUCUUUGCUGAAGGAGGGUAAGAGAGCUCACGAACUCGGAUUGGAAUUGAGUAGAGAAACGGACGAGAUACGACGGGACUUGGAAGGUGCGGUGAGAGCUUGCUCGGGUCCAGAUCGUUCUCUUUGUGCUGUCAUUGACUCUUCGGGGAUUCGCCUGGAUCUGCGGAUAGAACGGCUACUCAGAGACGAUCGUCUGCUGCGUCUACGGAGCAGCGGUCGGGAAAAUUUGACGGAGGCAGGACGCAGGGCUCGAGGGGAAUACCUGUACGUACCGCAACACAUCGCCCGGACCACGCUGGAUGCUCGUAACCUGAUUCGACGCGAGAUCAAUGCAGCACGUGCCAGGAUUGUCGAUCAAACGCGCAGCCUAGAGACGAGCAGUUUCGAACUCUCAAAGCAGCUGGAUUCAGCGAGAAACGUCGCGGAUUACGCAGUACCUCAUGUCAUCGCUUUCGAGCAUAUCAGAUGGAUCGUCGGUAUAGCUACUGUUCUGUGCAUUUUGCCGGUCUUUUCGCUGCUGAUUGGGGCUUUGUGCUGUCGCUGCGGAUCAUCCGAGAAUAAAGUGCGUCCGACUCUUUUAUGCGGCGUGGUCGCGAGUUGUUUCGUCUCUAUUGCGUUGUGGGCCGUGUUCAUUGUCGCUAUGGGCAUCGCCAGCCACACAGAGAUGUUGAUUUGCCGACCUCUUGAAGAUCCCGACUAUCGCGCCAUGGAAGCCGUGCUGGAAACUCGAGCGUUUCUUGGAAGAAGACUCGCCGUUCCUCUCAAGGAUCUCUUUGACGGCGGAGUAUUUAUUUUUUGCAGAAAAUGUCGAAACAACGAGGCGGCGUAUCCCGCCUUUGGGCUCGAAAACGUCAUGAAAUUGGAACACAUGACCGCGCACUGGACGUGGCCGGGCUUGUCGAGAGCGAUUUCAAAUAACAAAAUCGAUCUGAAGGGUCUUCAGAUACUUACGCCGAAUUUGCGUCAUCGUCUUCAGGAUCUAUUGUACGCUUGCAGCUUGAAUCUCACGGCGCACAGAAUUAUGAUUCAGGGACCAAUUCUGAGCAAAGAUCUGAACACGAUGUCCGAUCAACUCGACAAUAUAUCUCGUCAGCUACAGGAUCGUAGUAUCGCCAGGGAGUUGCACAGCAUCGGAAUAACAAUGCGCGAUUUAUCGUCGAGACGAGUGAGACCCUUGAUGAAGUUGCAAGACGAUCUGGUGUAUCGUAUCACGGUAUUGGAGCUGCAAGUGCAACCUCUCUGGCGUCAGAUCAAUCAAUCGAUUUCCCACUUGAGGACUAUACAAUAUUUCGUAGAUCAUCAGGGAGACAAGAUCGCUCAACUGAAAACAAAAUUGUACAACGACCGAUUGACAGGCUAUUUAGAUCAAUGGCGAGCUCACAUGCUCACCGAAAUGGGCACGGCGGUGUCCAAGUGUCGGCCGUUGUGGGACGUUCUCGAGGGAUUGAGAAACUUGUUUUGCGCUCAUAUUUUGGGUCCUUUCGACGGUUUUUGGUUCGCUACACUCAUAUGCGUGGUCGCGAUGAUAGUCGGCACGCCGACCGCUCACGUUUUAUCGCUGGUGUACAAAAAACCAUCUUAUUUUAAAAAAGACGCUGUCCUUUUGCCGAGAAGAACGGAGAGUAUUACUACAGAGCAGGAAGCAUGGCAAACACCAGAACCGCCACCUCCGCCGGACAACUGGUAACAAGAGGAGGAAAAACAAAGACUAUAAUUGCAAGCGGACUCGGGAAAAUAUUAAUGUAGCGUCACGAUAUAUAUGCAAAAAAAAAAAAACGCAAGAAG